GGCGGGCUUGGGGAGGGGGGCGAAGCGUCGGAAGCCGUGCGCAGUUCGGCUGAGACCGCUUCUGAAUGGGCAAGAAGGAGCGAGAUAAGAAGAAAUCUAAGAAACGACACUAUGAGGAGGAAGAGGAAGAAGAAUAUGACAUCCCAGGCAAAGAGUCCCAAGAAGCAGUUCCCUCAGCAGCAGGAAAGCAAGUGGAAGAUUCUGGGACAAAAGUUGAUGAAUAUGGAGCAAAAGACUACAGGAACCAGAUGUUGCUCAAGGCUGAUCAUUCCUCACGCCCGUUGUGGGUGGCUCCUGAUGGCCAUAUUUUCCUUGAAGCCUUUUCACCCGUUUACAAGUAUGCCCAGGAUUUCCUAGUUGCCAUUGCUGAGCCAGUUUGUCGACCUGUCCAUGUGCAUGAGUAUAAAUUGACUGCUUACUCGCUGUAUGCUGCUGUCAGUGUGGGUUUGCAGACAAGUGAUAUCACGGAAUACCUGCAAAAGCUGAGUAAAACCGGUGUACCAGAUGGGAUUAUUCAGUUUAUCAAGCUGUGUACUGUCAGCUAUGGAAAGGUAAAGCUGGUCCUGAAGCACAACAGGUAUUUUGUAGAAAGCACCUACCCUGAAGUCAUUCAGCAACUUCUCCAGGACCCAGUUAUUAGGGACUGUCGGCUGAGAAAUGCAGAAGGGGAAGAAACGGAACUCAUCACAGAAACAUUCACAAGCAAAUCAGCUAUUUCCAAGUCCAGUGAAGGUAGCAGCGGCCCUUCAAGUUCGCAAGGCACAGAUGCUCAGAAUAAACCCGAUGUCCCUGCUGACUUAUUUGAGUUUUAUGAACAAAUGGACAAGGAUGAAGAGGAGGAGGAAGAAACCCAGACAGUGUCUUUUGAAGUGAAGCAGGAAAUGAUUGAAGAGCUUCAGAAACGUUGCAUUCAGCUAGAGUACCCUCUACUUGCUGAGUACGACUUCAGAAAUGAUUCUGUGAAUCCUGAUAUUAAUAUAGACCUGAAACCUACAGCUGUUCUCCGACCAUACCAGGAGAAGAGUUUGAGAAAAAUGUUUGGGAAUGGCCGAGCUAGAUCUGGCGUGAUUGUCCUGCCCUGUGGUGCUGGCAAGUCACUUGUAGGAGUAACAGCUGCUUGCACGGUCCGCAAGCGGUGCCUAAUAUUGGGCAAUUCUGCUGUCUCUGUGGAGCAGUGGAAAGCCCAGUUCAAAAUGUGGUCCACCAUAGAUGACAGCCAAAUCUGCCGGUUCACUUCUGAUGCCAAAGACAAGCCAAUUGGCUGCUCUGUCGCUAUCAGCACCUACUCCAUGUUGGGACACACAACAAAGAGGUCAUGGGAGGCAGAGAAAGUAAUGGAAUGGCUAAAGAGUCAAGAGUGGGGCCUUAUGAUCCUUGAUGAAGUGCACACCAUACCUGCAAAAAUGUUCAGACGUGUGCUCACCAUUGUUCAAGCCCAUUGCAAGCUUGGACUGACAGCUACCCUCGUCAGAGAAGAUGACAAAAUCGUAGACUUGAAUUUCCUCAUUGGACCAAAGCUGUAUGAAGCCAAUUGGAUGGAGCUUCAAAACAACGGCUAUAUUGCUAAAGUCCAGUGUGCUGAGGUUUGGUGUCCAAUGUCUCCUGAAUUCUACAGAGAAUAUGUGGCUAUUAAAACGAAGAAACGGAUAUUGCUUUAUACUAUGAACCCAAACAAAUUCCGGGCUUGCCAGUUUCUGAUUAAGUUUCACGAACGAAGGAAUGACAAGAUCAUAGUCUUUGCAGACAAUGUGUUUGCUUUGAAGGAGUAUGCGAUUCGGCUGGGCAAACCUUAUAUCUAUGGGCCUACGGCACAGGGGGAGAGAAUGCAGAUCCUACAGAAUUUCAAACACAACCCCAAAAUCAACACCAUCUUUAUCUCCAAGGUAGGCGACACGUCCUUUGAUCUGCCAGAAGCCAACGUUCUGAUUCAGAUUUCGUCCCAUGGUGGGUCUCGAAGACAAGAGGCUCAAAGGCUGGGUCGAGUGCUGCGAGCAAAGAAAGGAAUGGUUGCGGAGGAGUACAACGCCUUCUUCUAUUCUCUCGUCUCCCAGGAUACUCAAGAAAUGGCAUACUCAACCAAACGUCAGAGGUUUCUAGUAGAUCAAGGCUACAGCUUUAAGGUAAUUACUAAACUUGCAGGAAUGGAGGAAGAAGAGCUUAUGUUCUCGACCAAAGAAGAACAGCAGCAGCUCCUCCAAAAGGUUCUGCAAGCUUCAGAUCUGGAUGCUGAGGAAGAGGUGGUUGCAGGAGAGUACGGCUCCAAGUCCUCCCAGGUUUCUCGACACUACGGCACAAUGAGCUCCAUGUCUGGAGCAGAUGAUACGGUUUACAUGGAAUAUCAAAGCUCACGAAGCAAGGCAUCUUCAAAUAAACACGUCCAUCCACUUUUUAAACGCUUUAGGAAAUAAGGAAAGUGCAUUAUGCAUUUCUUUCUUCCCAUAAGGAGAAGAGGAGACAUAAAUUUGGCUCAGGCUCUUAAAAUGUGUUGGCUUAAUUUCAUAAAUAGCUAAUAGUCAAAAUGAGGUGAAACAUUUCCUUUAUGAUGGAAGAUGGUUGCAAAUGGACUUUACCUUUACUGUUUCUAUGUGCUAUCUCCUAGGUACUACUUUCAAGCUGCAUUUUUAUUUGACACUUUUUAAAGAUUGCUUCAGAAUUGUGAAAUGAGAGCACUCUUGUACCAAGUGUAUAGUAGAGCUUCAAAUAGCACUGAAUAAACAUUGUGUGCCCCAAAA